AUGGCUAAGAUGACCUCUAUCUGGUUGAUAUUAUCUAUUGCUGCAUCUAAAGGCUGGUUGUUAAAGCAGAUGGAUGUUAAGAAUGCAUUCUUACAUGGGGAUCUCAAAGAAGAUGUCUAUAUAACUCCUCCACCAGGAUUGUUUUCUACAGCUUCGCAUGAUCACAACUGUACUAAGGGACCCAUUACUUUGGUUGGUCUUCAAGAUGGUCAUUCUGCUGAUACUCCUUUGAGAGUAAAUGUUAAAUAUCAACAGAAUAAUGGUUAUUUUCUAUAUGAACCAUCUCUAUAUCAACAAUUAGUUGGGAUUCUCAAUUAUGGGACUAUUACGAGUCCUGAUAUUUCAUUUGCUGUGCAACAACUUGAGUCUACUUCUCUUCAUGCGGAUAAUACUAGUGCUAUCCAAAUUGCUGCUAAUCCCGUCUUUCUUGAGCGCACGAAACACAUUGAAGUGGACUGUCAUUCCAUUCAAGAAGCCUAUGAGGAUGGUGUUAUAUCUCUUCCUCAUAUCACUUCUGAUCUUCAAACCGCUGAUAUAUUUACUAAGGCUCUUUCUCGACAACGUCAUCUAUUUCUUGUCGGCAAAUUGAUGCUUCUUGAUCAGCCAGUAUCAAUUUGA